AUGGCAUCGGCGACGACAUGUGGUCUGAUUCUAUUGGGAAAUAGUGGAGUGGGGAAAAGCUUCUUAGCAAAUCGGUUGCUCGAUGAUGACGAAGCAUUUGAGAGCAGAUUCGCCGCUGGAUCUGUUACCCGCCAUACAGAAUGGAAAGACAUGCCGACAAAUAUUGGAAGAUAUACGUUCUCUGUGGCGAAUAUUCCCGGUUUGGUCGAAGCAAAUCAGAAAUUGAUUGAUGAAAAUCGCGUUGAAAUUAUGAAAGCAUUCGAGCAAUGUCCUUGGGCAAUCGUUCUCUUCGUUUUUGGACAAAACAAUGGACGAAUACCAGACGAAGACCUCGUUGCGUUUAUGCGCAUUAAUGAUGCGUAUGAAUUUCCAACUAAAUCAUUACUUCUGAUUGUCAAUGGAAUUCCAGCAGAUCGACCUCGUGAUUAUGAAGCGAAAACGGCGCAAUUACUUGAAGAACUCACCUCGAUAGACAAAAGUUACAUUUACUUUAUCGAAAAAUCAACAUCAGAAAACAGUAAAAGAGAUAUCCGUGAUCUUCUAUGUGAGGCAAUAUCAAAAUGUGAUCCCGUUCAUCACGAAAGGAAACACGAUAUUGAACUAAUGAGUGAUGAAAUUUCUCGAUUGAAAAUGGAGAGUAAGAAUCGACAAGAUCAACUAUUGGCACAGGAAACUGAACAUUCCAAGAAACAGAAAUUGAGUACAACUUUACACAAACAUCAAUCAUCCUCUCAACGAUUAUCGGCGACGACACCAAAACCAAAGCCUGAUUUCACAAAUGAUAAGAAGCGUUUUGAUGAUAUGAUGGAAGCCAUUGACGCCGAACAUGCUCGAAACAUGGAGAAACUCAAGAGAAUACAGGAAAACUCAAACACAGCUGCUAUUCAACAAUUGACUGAUCAAAUGAAAGCAGAAAAUGACUUAAACAAAGAACUACUUGAUCAUAUGUCAACGUCACCUAAAGUUGUCAUCGUUCGCGAAAAAAAACGAGAAAAAGGAUUGACUAAGAUAUUGAAUGCUGUUGGUGAUUUUAUUUUUGGCGAGCAACAAUCGGACGAACCUGAACAACAGGGAGCCUCACGUCGUUAUCAGUCGUCUGCUUCUCGCCCAUCGAACCAUCCUUAUCAAAGACCCGCUAAUAACUGA